AUGCCGUCCCAGAUCACAGAGACCAUCACAUUUCUCCGCUCGCAAAACCCAGGCAUCCAGCUGCACACGGCAGAAUCGCCCGCCUUUGCAGACUUCUGCAACACCUACAUCAAGAGCGCUGCCCAGCCUUCCGCCGUCGCCCGGCCACGGUCCAUUGAGGACGUCCAGGCUGUUAUCAAGGCAUGUACCGAGCAUGGUGCCGACUUUAAUAUCCGCGCCGGCGGGCACAACGCGGCAGGUCGGACGCUUGUCGAUGGAGCGCUCCUGAUCGACAUGCGGGAGCUUGCGCAUGUAGAGGUCAGCAGGGACAAAAAGACGGCCAAGGUCGCUGGUGGGGCACUGGCGGGCAACGUCAUGAACAAGCUGGGGGAGCAAGGCCUGGUCACGCCUAUCGGUACGAUGGGAUCGGUUGGAUACGUCGGGUGGUGUGUUCCCGGUGGCUACGGGGCCUUCUCGGCUCUCUACGGCCUGGGUUGCGAUCAAAUCCUUGGAGCCAAGCUGGUGGACUAUAGGGGCGAGCUCGUAGAGGCGGAUGAGGCUCUGCUCAAGGGCAUCCGCGGCGCAGGCCUGAUCUUUGGAGCCAUUGUGGAGUUGACGGUCAAAGUGUACCCGCUCAAAGAGAUGCUGUCUGCGACCUUCAUCUUCGAGUCCAGCGACAUGGAGGCUACCUGGGCCCGCCUCACAACGGGCCUCGACUCAUCCGACCACCCGCCCGAGCUCAAACUUCAGACUUUCUCUACCGACUUCCCCGGCAUGGGCCCCGCAUUGGCCUGCGUGGUGACCUGGGUCUCGGACGACCACAGGCUCGGACGUGAGUGGAUCGACAAGGUGGCAGCCGCCGGCGGGAAGUGCUUGGUGAGCCACACAGAGGCAAAGACGCCCACGGCGUAUGCUGUGGACAACGAGAAGCUGGUGGUGUGGGGCGUCCACGGGCGGUCAUACACGCUCAACCUGCGGAAGUGGACGCCGGCCUCGGUGGCGGUGCUGGCAGAGUUCAGCCGGAGCGUGGCGAGGGGCGGAAUGAUCGCAGUACACGCGCUGAGCAGAGCUAGAGAGAGCGAUCAGUCAGUGUUCGGCGCGCGGGAGGAUCACCUCGUGAUCGAGAUCAUCGCGACGUCGCCUGACCCGACGCUGCGGAGGGAGGUGGACGCGUGGGGCGUAGGCUGCCUGAAGGCGCUGCGGGAGGCCGACCCUGCCAAUGUCCUGGACAGCGCAUACAUCUCGUUACUGGACGAAGGAGACCUUGCCACGGAGAAGAUCUAUGGCGAGCACCUACCCGCAAUUGUCGAGCUGAAGAGGAAGUAUGACCCUGCGAACGUGUUCAAGCACUCAUCCCCCAAAAUCCCCGUCGAGUAA